AUGCUUCAAUCCAAUGGCACUUCCAUCCACUGGCACGGCUUCCGCAUGCUCAACAAGAACAUCCAGGAUGGUGUCAACGGGGUCACCGAAUGUGCGGUAGCACCAGGCGACCUCAAGACGUACGAGUUCCAGGCAACCGAAUACGGCACGACAUGGUACCACUCGCAUUUCUCGCAUCAGUACGGAGAUGGAGUUGUCGGAACAUUCAUUGUCAACGGUCCUGCUACCGCAAACUAUGACGAGGACCUUGGAGUUAUGCCAAUCACAGACUGGUUUUACAAGACCGCCUUCCAAGCAGCCUCCAUAGCAUUCCAGAAUGGGCAAGCUGGAUUGGGUCCCCCUGUGCCCGACAACAUCCUGAUCAACGGCACUUCUAAGAACGCAGCCGGAGGUGGUGCUUAUAACCGAGUCACGAUGCAAGCGGGCAAGCGCUAUCGUCUGCGCCUUGUGAACACCGCAGUCGACACCAGCAUGACUGUGAACCUCGACGGCCAUCCCUUCCAAGUCAUUGCAAACGACUUCGUCCCCGUCGUCCCAUACAACACCACCCACCUCCAACUUGGUAUCGGCCAACGCUACGACGUCAUCAUCACUGCCAACCAGACAGCUGGAAACUACUGGUUCCGUGCUGACGCGAACGGCCUUUGCCAGUCACGCUCCAUUCUUCCAGGACGCGCCAUCUUCACGUACCAAGGCCAGACAGUGGCCGAUCCCACCACAACUGCCCCAGCCAACCCCUUCACGAUCUGCGCUGAUCCGAUCACCACCCCAAAAGUCGCAAAGAACGUGCCCAGCACCACAUUCGCCGCCCAAGCCAAGAACCUCCCCGUCGCGUUCGGCCCAGUAGCAGCAAACGGCAACACCGUCCUCUGGACCAUCAACGGCACGUCCAUCAUCAUCGACCCCGGAAAGCCGACCGUUCAAUACGUCGCAGAGAACAACAACAGCAUCCCGCAGUCUUACAACGUUGUGCAGGUACCAUCGACCUCAGCAUCCACUUGGACCUACUGGGUCAUACAACAAGCUGUAGGCGCACCGCCCAUCGCCCACCCCAUCCAUCUCCACGGCCACGACAGCUAUGUCCUCGGCGGAGGUGACGGUCAAUUCAGCAUGGCAACGCAUUUCAGCUCGCUUCGCUUCACCAACCCACCCCGUCGCGACGUUGUUCAGCUCAGGGGUAGCGGGUGGCUCGUUCUCGCAUACCCGACUGAUAACCCUGGUGCUUGGCUCAUGCACUGCCACAUCGCCUUCCACGUCGGCAUGGGCCUCGGCAUCCAGUUCCUGGAGCGCAAAUCCGAAAUCAAUCUUCCGGCUGCUGGCUCUGAGUGGAAGCAGAAUUGCGCUAAUUGGGCUGCUUAUAAGGCUGGUACGACGGAUGUUUGGCCUCAGGAUGAUUCUGGGCUUAAGAAGCGUUGGCCUCCUCUUGUUGAGGGGACAUCGUCGUUUAGGAUGGACUAG